AAACGUGAAUCAAUGCAUCUGGGAAAAUAGUUAUUGUGAAUUGAUUUAGUAAUAAUGUUCAAACUUGUGCUUGUAUCCUGCCUCUUGGCUGUUGCCCUAGCGGCGCCUUCUCAGAACCAUCGUAUUGUAAAUGGCGAACCCAUCGAUAUCACCGAGGUGCCCUACCAGGUAGCCGUUGGUAACAGUGGUUCCAUCUGGUGCGGUGGUUCCAUCAUCAGUGAUCGUUUUAUCUUGACUGCUGCUCACUGCUUCAAUGAUCAUGAUGUCAACACUGAAUCCUUCAUGGUUUUCGUUGGUAUGACCAAGCUGACCGCCAUCACAAGCUCCAUGCUCAAGCCAGUCAAGAAAGUGAACAUCAACAGCGAUUACAACCAGCAGACGCAUAAUGUUGACAUUGCUAUUCUCGAACUGCAAAGCGCGUUGGUUUUCAACGAUAAAAUCCAACCGGUGAAUCUACCCAGUGGUAGUGAUAAGGUCCCUGUUGGUAGUUAUGCGUAUGCUUCUGGUUGGGGUAAGCUUUCCGAGAAUGGAGAGUCUGCUACUCAGUUACAGGGUGUUGAAAUUCAACUGUUAGCUGCUGAUAAGUGUUCAGGUUAUAGCAACUUUGAUGCUGAUAACAUGCAGUGUGCUGGUGCUCUUGAUGGUUCAGUUGAUACCUGCCAGGGUGACUCUGGUGGCCCAUUGGUCUACAACAACGUGAUCUACGGUAUUACUUCCUUUGGACGUGGAUGCGCUACUCCUGGUUUCCCUGGUGUAUAUGCUCAUGUUAUCAAUCUUCGUGAUUACAUUACUGAAAUCACCGGAUUGUAAAUGUUUUUGAUUUUAAUUGUUAAUAAAUAAUUUGGACUUAA